GGCGGAGGAUUUGAAGAAUGAACUCACAGAUGAGAUAUCAGAAAUCUAUAUCAACUACCACUUUACCAGGCUCAGGCUCAGAGUAGAAAGACUUUCCUAGUUUCCUAUCCACAAGGAACAAAACCGAAAGACAAUGCCUAUGGCCUCUGCAUCUGCUGUCUCAGUGCAAAUCUUUCACACCCAGAGACGCACUCUUUCUCCUCCUUUCCGUCAUUUCCAGGGUGGUUAUAGCCAAUGUUCCAUGCCAUAUGUGACAUCCACUGCUACUGCUAAAAGGUUGCAGGUCACUCUACGCAGGCCUCCCUAUGCAUCCAGAUUCUCUGCCAAACAUCAAACAAUGGUGUGCACCAACUCUAUGUCAAAUGAUGUAGAGCAGCUGCAAGCCAAAGUAACAACCAAGUGCUUCUUUGACACAGAAAUUGGCGGUGAAGCUGUUGGUCGGCUUGUACUGGGCCUCUUUGGUGACGUUGUUCCUAAAACCGUUGAAAACUUUCGCGCCUUGUGCACAGGAGAGAAAGGAUAUGGUUAUAAAGGAUGCUCUUUCCACCGCAUCAUUAAAGAUUUUAUGAUCCAAGGAGGGGACUUCACUGAAGGAGAUGGAACAGGGGGAGUUAGUAUCUAUGGUUCCACAUUUGCAGAUGAGAGCUUUGCAUUGAAGCAUGUUGGCCCUGGUGUACUGAGCAUGGCUAAUGCAGGCCCUGGUACUAAUGGGAGCCAGUUUUUCAUCUGCACAGUGAAGACUCCAUGGUUGGACAAUCGCCAUGUGGUGUUCGGACACGUGAUUGAGGGAAUGGAUGUUCUGCGGAAACUUGAAUCCCAAGAGACAAGCAGGUCAGAUGUCCCUCGUUUGCCAUGCAGAAUUGUUAACUGUGGAGAGUUGCUUUUGGACUGAAUGCCUUCUUACUCGUCAAAAAGUAUAACUGUGGAAUGCAGUUUUCCGGUUUGUCUAUUCCAGAGUUGUUCUUAACUUUGUAUCUUAGUUUGACUGUGAAAUGAAAUAUACCAGUCAUGCAUCUGAAAGAUUGUUCAUUUCCGCUGAGAAAAGUUCAAAUGGGAAUAUAUAAGCUAGAGAUGAAUGUACAUCCAACAUGACGUAUUCUUUUGGACUAAAAACAAAGACACACUUAUCACUAUGUUUUUAGAAAA